GACGGACGUCUAUUCGAUCGACGACAAGGAACGCAACGACAUCGACGAAUAUCGCAACCAUGCAGAUUUUCGUCAAGACUCUCACGGGUAAGACCAUUACCCUCGAGGUCGAAUCCUCGGACACCAUCGACAAUGUCAAGUCCAAGAUCCAGGACAAGGAGGGCAUUCCCCCCGACCAGCAACGUUUGAUCUUUGCCGGAAAGCAGCUUGAAGAUGGCCGCACUCUCAGCGAUUACAACAUCCAGAAGGUACUUCUUGAAAUCCGUUGUGGAGGAAUCGAUAUGUUAUAUUUCGGCAAGAAUGGUAUUGGAAGCGAGAUGAUAAGAAUAUAUGUUGACGGAUGAUUUGCUUCACAGGAGUCCACUCUUCACCUUGUCCUCCGUCUCCGUGGUGGUAUCAUUGAGCCCUCCUUGAAGGCCCUUGCCUCAAAGUACAACUGCGAGAAGUCCAUCUGCCGCAAGUGCUAUGCUCGUCUUCCCCCCCGUGCCACCAACUGCCGCAAGAGGAAGUGCGGUCACUCCAACCAGCUCCGCCCCAAGAAGAAGCUCAAAUAAACAACUCGCCCCAAAUUCUCUUUUUCCUCUCUCUCCCUAUCCCUUCGUCAUUCCUCCAAAUCAGACAAAUCAGACAAACGCUUGUAUUUUCUGCGUCGUUCUUGCUGGCGUCUUUUCCAUAAUUUCACCGGGGGUUCAAUGUGGGAUUAUACGAUAUUCUACAAAUACAAAAUACAAAGCGAAAAAUUAAAGUGAAAUGAGAAGAAAUUAUGCAAGAACAUAUACUUUCUUAAACCAGUUUCUACUUUGUUGGAGGGAAAUGGCUAUCAUAGUCUGAAUAUGAGUAGUAUGGGAAUGGAGAGGCGUGGCUCAUGAUGAUAAUAAUAUCGAAUGAAUGGAGUCCACUGUCGUUACGUAUGAA